AUUGCUCAUCAUCAGAUAAAUAGGACGCUCUGGUUGUUGUGACUCCUCUUGACCGUCUUUCAAGACAUUCAGCAAAUCCAUCCAAAGAUAAAAUGGAAAAAGGUAAAGGACCUCCUCCAGAUACUGAAGGUACUUUAGAAAUUCCCGAUAUCCCAGCGCCACCAUAUCCUGGCCCGCCUUUGGACCCCAGUGUGCUCACCAGUCAGCCUAAUCCCGUUGAUCAUCCUGCUGCUGAGAACGACAACCAGCUGGUGUCCAAGUCUGUUCAUCAGGAACAUUCCCAGCAGCAACCUCAUUCUUCUACUCAGCAUGUUGGUCAGGAAAGUGCACAGCCAGUCCCUCAGCAAUACCCCCAACCUGGAGUUCAGCAAUACCCCCAACCUGGAGUUCAGCAAUACCCCCAACCUGGAGUUCAGCAGUAUCCCCAACCUGGAGUUCAGCAGUAUCCCCAACCUGGAGUUCAGCAAUACCCCCAACCUGGAGUUCAGCAGUAUCCCCAACCUGGAGCUCAGCAAUAUCCCCAACCUGCUCAGCAACCAGUUGUGCAGUAUGUUGCCACAACACAACAAAAUCAGAUUCUUCACUCAGGUAACCAGGUGUUGUUGGUGCAACACAUGCCCACUGACGUUGCUGGAAGUAUGCUUUGUCCGCAUUGCAAGAACACUGUUGUGACCUCAAUUGAAUACAAAGUGGGCAUGCUAACCUGGAUCAUUUUUGGAGUGCUGUUGUUAUUCUGCUGGCCGUGCAGCUGUAUCCCCUUCUGCGUGAAUUCUUGCAAGGAUGUGCAGCAUUCCUGCCCACAGUGUAACAACGUCCUGCACCUCUACAAACGCAGGUGAAAUCCAUCAAUACCUGACCCGCAUGCUGGACAUCCAUUAAGAUGGACUGUAAAUACACUUAUUAAAUUUUCCUGAUGUCUUUUAUCAAGCUGUUAAAACGUAUUAUGAACAUGUACUGCUUUACUCUGAAUUAUUUUUAUUGCUAAAGGGUUAUUUUUAUAACUGGAUAUGAUCAUUUAACUUAAGAUCAGGAGAAAUUGUGUGUUUUUUCUGACAAUAAAGGCUGCAGUCGGAAACUUAGCAAAAUGUAUUUGACACUUUAAAGACUCUCACUAUCUUGUGACAGUUUAAUAUGCCAUGGGGCAUUGUCACCUCCAGAAAUAUACCAAUCAGAGCCAGAAGGAGGGUUGUAGAACCGGCAAUCAUCCUUGUGUACAGGAUGCAUGGUGUAAUCCUUGCUAACAAGCGAGAAACAACUUACAUUUGCAGGAAAACUAAUUAUCUGUCAACAUCUGUGGCUUUGCUAACUAGCCUGAGCAUUGAUGGCAGGCUCUGAUGGAGGGGAGAAAUUGUAGUGUAGCAGAGAGUAAGAGGGAGGCUGUGAGCAGUGCAAACAGAGGCGUGAUUGACAGCACCAACACCGUCCUUCUAGCUCUGAUUGUUUUUUUUCUGACAGACAGUGUAUUUCUGAAUGACAGUGGGACCACGGGAAGGAGGCUAUACUCUAUCAUAACAUAGUGACACUUUUAGCAAAUUUGUAAAAAAAAAAAAAAAAAAACAUAUCUUCUUAAUGAAAGUUACAUUACAUACAGCAGAUUUAGAUGUGAAAACAAAGCUUUGCUCAUCGUGUUAUUGAAUGUCUCUUUAAUAGACUGCUUUUGUUGAAAUAUUGAUAUUUUAUUGAAACAGUGAAAGAAGGUUUUUUUUAUUUACUUUUGCAUAUACAAACAAAUAAUUUUAUAAUUGUACAUUAGCCAAUGUGUUAAACAUAUCAAAAGAUAUUUAAAAGCUAAUUUCUUGAAAAGAUUUGCAGGAAUGUAUGUUUUUAAUAAAAAUGUAAUAUGCUUAAAUCUUUUGAAAAUGAUUCAUUGUUAGUUUAUAUCGUAUGAUUCUGUGAACAUUUACUUUGUAAUUAUUACUCUAGAGACCAUGUAUGUAAAUAGUAAAUAAUCAUGAUUAAAUCAUAUUCGAAUUUUCAAGAAGAUGUAGUUUUGAAUUUUUUUUUAGACCAAAUAUACUCAUUUAAAUUUAUAAUGUGAUUUAUAAUGUUUUAUGCUUUGAUUUGGGUGAGCACGUGGUUUUGUUUUCAAAAGUAGAUUUCUUUGACUGUAAAUAGCACAUUUCACAAUUGUUCAAAAACUUAAAUGAAUCUCAUUCCAUGUGAAAUUAAACAAAAUCCUAAAAUAAUUAAAAAUAAAUCUU